AUGAUCGGAGCUACCAGGCGCUGGUUUCGCCGCAAUCGCAAAAGCCUCGCGAUAGGAGCCGGUAUUAUCGGCGUAGGCUACGUCGCCGGACAAUAUGUGCUAUCCAAGUUUUCAGAGGCACGAGAGCGUAUGAACAGUGACAGAAUCGCAAAGGAAAACCUCCGUCGACGAUUCGAACAGAACCAAGCCGAUUGUACCUUUACCGUGCUUGCGCUUCUUCCCACGGCCACUGAGAAUAUCCUCGAAGCUCUUCCGGUCGAAGAGCUUACGCAAGAGUUACAAAGGAAACGAGCCGAGCGACUAGCUAGAACAAGUGGAUCAGACGUGCUCACGUCCGAGCCGAGCUCCUCGACGGCUCCAAGUGUUGCGGAAGAGGAUGGCAGGAGUUUGACCAGCUUUCAAGCUGAUAGCUUUAUCCAUGCGAGCCAGUCGGCUGAUUCCACAAUUUCCGGCGAGCGGCCCAGACGGAGCAAGGCGCAACUGUGGAACGAUGUCAAGAUAUUCUCAAUAACGAGAGCUAUCGUCCUCAUAUAUACAUUGUCUCUAUUGACUAUUUUCACCCGAAUCCAGCUCAAUCUCCUCGGUAGGCGGAGUUAUAUCUCCAGUGUCCUCGCACUCGCUAGUCCAGAAGGGUCAAGCAUCCGCCUCGAAGAUCACGCCGACGAUUCGCAAGCGUUUGGCAAUGAUUUCGAAACCAACAGACGAUACUUGACAUUCAGUUGGUGGUUAUUGCAUCGAGGAUGGAAGGAUUUGAUGGAGAAUGUCCGUGUCGCCGUGGAGGAGGCAUUCGGGGCUCUCAACCCUCGAGAAGAUAUUACACUUAAUAAGCUUUCAGAGUUGAUGUUGGAUGUCCGGAAACGUGUUGAGGGGGCUACAGAGGAAGACCGAAAGGUUAAACAAUGGCUACCAUAUUUACUUCCCCGAAAGGAAGAUGAAGAUAUGGUAUUGCAAGAAUCAGGAGUGCUCAGCUCCAACACACUCUCGUCAUCUCAGACGACAGCCAACUUGCGGCAACUCCUCGAUGAGACAUCCGACUUGAUCGAGUCUCCUUCGUUCAGCCGAAUCUUGACCUCAUUGAAUAACGAAGGUUUCGCCAAACUGGUUGAGCAAAAGUGUGCCAAUAGUCUCUUCAAACAACCAACAUCCGACCCCACCCCUAUUACCACCUUUUCUUCGGCCGCUACAAUCGUACCAGCUUCAUUGUCGUCUUCGCCCAAGGCCAAGCUUGCAACAGUUCUGGCUCUAAUUACCCGCGAGAGCCACGUUAUCGGCAACGGCACAAAUCCACCAAAUGAAUAUCUCGUAGCAAUGGAACAGGGCGUUCAAGAAUUGGAGGCUUUUGCAGCUGUAAUUUAUAGCUCGAAUUUCCACCUCGGACUUUUAGAGUCCGAGAAUGCUGCUUCCACCAAGGCUACGGAGGAAGCUCAACCAGGACUGAGACCGGCUGAUGUUGCCUCAACCGAGCAAUCAAUAGCAGCCAAGGAGGCAUCCACAACCACUGAUGAUAGCGCAUUUGAGAAGGUCUGGGGGAAAGCCGUUGAGCGUUCCGGGUCUGGGGAUGAGGCGUGA